AUGAUAAGUCGAGGAAAUCCCCACAAAGGCAACGAUGAACAACAGCUCCCAAGCGCCCAUCAAGGUCCUACCCCGCCCACGUUUGUUGCGAUAGAGAACGGGCGAGUCGAUGAUGAACAGAGACACGACAAGGAAGAUGAAGAAGAUUCAGAAUACGAUUCUGAAACCUUGGGCGAAGACGAUACAGACGAGUCGGAUAGUGAUUCUGAAAUGGAAGAGACCUCCGAUGACGAACAAGUCGAGUCCGAGAGUAACAUUGAGAUCGAAGAAAACGGCAUGAUUGAUGAUGACGAUGAAGACGAGCUGAGCAGCGAGACUCAGAUGUCGAUUCAACAUGAACAUAACCAUGACGAGUUAGCUAGCGACGUCGAACUUGAAGAAAACAACAUGAUCACUGAUGAAGACGUCGACCCAGAGGAAAAUAACGUGUUGGACGAUGAAGAUUUUGACGGAGUGUUUACCGACGAUGAGACUAUAUCCGAAACCAGCGCCGCUUCGACCUGUACCGAGUCAAACAUGAAUGCGGCGGAUUGCGAUUAUUGA